AUGACAUCAGAGCCUAUUGCUAUCAUCGGCAUGAGUUGUCGCUUCCCAGGCGGUGCUUCCGAGCCAUCACGCCUGUGGGACCUCCUGUCAAGCGGAAAAUCGGCAUGGAGUGAGGUGCCUGCAGAUCGGUUCAAUAUGAAGGCAUUCCAUCACAGAGGAGAUCCUCAUCCUAGCACAACCAACACCGCGGGAGGACAUUUCCUGGACACCGACGUGGCUGCGUUUGAUUGCAGCUUCUUUGAAAUCAAACCUACUGAAGCCCGAGCCAUGGAUCCUCAACAACGUCUCACGUUAGAGCUUGCCUACGAAGCAUUCGAGAAUGCUGGCUUAACGCUGCCUCAACUCUGGGAUUCCCCUACUGGCGUUUAUGUUGGUCAGUGGAGUUCCGACUAUAGCGAAAUUCUUGCGCGAGACCCUGAAUAUCAGGAACUCUACCAAACUAUCGGUAUUGGUGCUGCCAUCACCUCCAACCGAGUCUCUUAUUUUUUUAACCUCCGGGGUCCAAGUUUUACCGUCGACACAGGCUGCUCUGCCAGUCUUGUCGCAUUACACAACGCUGUUCAGAGCUUACGAAGUGGCGAAAGCACAAUGAGCCUAGUCGGCGGCGUCAAUAUCUUACUGGAUCCCCAGCGCUUUACUUACCAGAGUAAGCUGAAGAUGUUCUCGCCCGACGGUCGCUCAUUCUCAUUUGACGAGCGUGCUAAUGGCUAUGGUAGAGGUGAGGGCUGCGGUUGCGUUGUCCUCAAACCACUCUCGUUGGCCAUCAAAGAUGGCGACCGAAUCCGAGCUGUGAUCCGCAAUUCAGCACUGAAUCAGGACGGUCGAACACCACAGGGCAUCAGUGUGCCAAGUGGAGAGGCGCAGGAAGAAUUGAUCCGCCGGGCAUAUGCCGAGGUCGGGCUUGUUCCAACUGAAACGGACUAUGUAGAGGCCCACGGAACAGGCACGGCAGUCGGCGAUCCGAUCGAGGCUCAGGCUAUUGCCAACGUACUUGCCCGUCCCCGAGACUCAAGUCAAGGGCCAUUGGUCAUGGGAUCUGUCAAGGGAAAUAUCGGCCAUACGGAGAGCGCGGCUGGUAUUGCAGGGCUCAUCAAGUCCGUCUUGAUGCUCGAGAACCAGGCCGUGGCCCCUCAGGUCAAUUAUGAAAAGCCCAAUUCUAAGAUCCCGUUGGACAGAUGGAAUUUGGAGAUACCUACCAAGUUCGAGAAGAGACCUCUUCGCCGCAUCUCUGUUAAUAGCUUUGGAUAUGGCGGCACCAAUGCUCAUGUCAUUGUCGAUCGUGCGGACGAGCACGAUCAGCUCGACGACAGCUUCAACGACACCAGAAUCCCUAAUGGCGUCAAUAGUGUUAACGGUGUCGAUGGUAUUGAUGAGCGGCCUCGUGUUUUUAUUCUAAGUGGUGCUGAGGAGAAGAGCUGCCACAAGAACGCGGAGCGUCUAGUGCAGUAUUUGAAAACAGUUCUGGCUGGUUCGUUGGACGACACCAAUGAAUUUCUAGAUCGCUUGGCUGUGACAGUCAACAAGCGUACUGUUCACGACUAUAGCGCUUCCGUUGUCGCUUAUGACGAAGAUGAUUUGCUGGAACAACUCGAAGUAUUGCAGCAAACGCCUAUCGCGGUCAGACCACCGUUCAAGAGAGGCGCCCUAGUCAGUUACGUGUUCGGAGGACAGGGAGCCCAGUAUUACAACAUGGGCCGAGAGAUGAUUCAUGAUUGGCCAGCAUUCCGCCAAUCUCUAGACCGGGCUAAUACCCAUCUUCAGACGCUUGGAUGUCAGUGGGACCUCUUGACCGAACUGAGUCAUGAAAAAGCUCAGGACUCGCGUGUAGAUGAGCCAGAGUAUGGACAGACACUUUCGACCGCCAUACAGUUGGCAUUGGUCGACACGCUAUCCGCUAUCAAACUGCAUCCAACCUCUGUUGUGGGCCACUCCAGUGGAGAAAUUGCUGCGGCCUACGCCGUAGGUGCCCUCUCGUUCGAAGACGCAUUGGCUGUGGCAUACCAUCGCGGCCGCUUGACAUCCAAGUUGAUCUCCACUGGCGUUUCCGGAGGCAUGAUUGCCGUGGGGGCGUCAGCUGAAGUCGCACAGACUUACAUUGAGCAGAUCGACACGGCCGAGGUCAAGAUUGCCUGCUACAACAGUCCAACGAGUGUGACUCUCUCUGGCGGAAACGAUGGUAUUGCAGUCAUUGCUCGCCUGCUGCAGGAUGCUGAUGUUUUCCAUCGCAAGCUGAAGACGCAGGGAGCUGCAUAUCACUCUCAAAUGAUGCAGGCAAUCGAAGAGGAGUACCGACUUGCUAUUGCUCAUAUUCAGCCACGUCCACUGACCGGGCACAUGAUGUCUUCGUUGAAAGGCAAGAAGCUGCCGCCUGGGUCUUUGCUGGACGGGGAUUACUGGGCUCGCAAUCUCAUAUCCCCCGUCCUCUUUGCCGGAGCUCUAAAAGGGAUGCUACUCGGCGAUGACCAUGCCGAACUUCAACAUGCUCCUGAGAUCGGUAUCCUUCUGGAAGUGGGCCCUCACGCGCAGAUGCAGGGCGCAGUUAAAGAAACUUUGAAAGGUCUAGGAUCUUCGACUCGUAUUCAAUAUGUGUCUUGUCUUAAGAGGAAGGCCAAUGCGUCCGAGAAUAUGCUCCGCGCUCUGGGUGAUCUUUUCGCCCUGGGUGCGCCCAUCGACUUUCAUCGGGCCAAUGCCGGCUUCAUGAAACGUUUACCAUUCAUUUUGAAUGAUGUUCCGCCGUAUGCUUUCAAUCAUGAGCAGCGUCAUUGGCACGAAGGGCGCAUUUCACGCGAGUUCACUCAUCGCCAAUUUUUGCCGCAUGAGCUACUGGGCAACCUUUCUUCAGACGUGAAUCAUACGGAGCCCAAAUGGCGACGAUUUUUGCGACUCAAGGAGCUGCCUUGGUUGCAACACCAUAUCGUGCAAGGUCAAGUCAUUUUCCCAGCAGCCGGAUACUUGGCCAUGGCUAUUGAGGCCAUGCGCCGCUUCACGACACCCAGGAAUGAAAAUCAAUCGAAACCCGUUGUCGGCUAUUCGCUCAGUAAUUGUAGCUUUGCCAAAGCGCUGGUGCUCAGGGAGGGCGAUACAGACACCGAGAUCUGCCUGUCGCUGCGACCCGAGACCCAGAGUGCAAAGAGUUCGUGGCAGGAUUCAAAAGAGUUCCGAGUCUUCUCAACAUCAGCGGGAAAAGAAUGGAGUGAGCUUUGUCGAGGUAGCAUUCGUGCCAUCACAGACGAUACAAUGCUCGCAGAUCGUCUACAUGACGCGAUCGAAGUCAAGGAGCGCAGUAUCGCCUCUAUCCCGCAUCACAUUACGCCGAAUCGAUUCUACUCCUCCGCACGCCAGGUUGGGAUGGAGUGGUACGCGCCAUUUGAUAACGUCGUAGAUCUGCAAGGACGGACUGACUCAUGUGUGAGUACGAACAAGAUGCCAAGUUUGCAGACCGCGGCGCACCCCUUCGGAGCGUCGACGUACAUCUUGCAUCCUGGAAUGCUCGACUCUACACUCUUUCACGGCAUAUGCGCUAGUCUCCUGGUAGAGCGGGAGAUUAAGGCGCCAGUCGUGCCUGUUUUCCUUGAACAACUCAACAUCUCGACUGCUUUCGAAGUCUCAGAGGGAACCGAAUUGUGCACCUAUGCUCUGGCCCAAGACGAAGGGUCUAGCUGGAGCGCUCAGGUGGAGCUGAAUGAAAGACCUGUGAUAAGUGCUCAUGGAAUGAGGAUCGCCCAGCUACCCGGAAACAUCGAGGUUGCCAGGUCCCGGCAAUUGGCACACAGUCCAGAGUGGGUGGGUCAUUAUCCCAGUAUGACACGAGCGCAAAUCAUUGCUCAUUGCACCAACUCGCUCCCUGCUGGUUCUUCUCGUCAGCGUAACAUUGCGCUUAACGCCGAUGUGCGCGCUCACGUGGAGCGGGCCCUUGAACGCAUCCGAGCGGACGAGAUUGCUCCCGGCUAUCAGCAGUCAUGGUACAAGUGGAUGCAGACUUUGGUGGCCGAGGAGUCCGAAUCUCCCGAGUCAGUAGCGGAGGCCAGAGAGGCAACAACGGCGGAUCCCAGCGUUGCUUUCCAAGCGGUGAAACUUGUUGGCGAGAAUCUUGUCGACCUUCUAACCGGCACUGCGGAUUCCAUCUCCCUCCUCACUCCGAAUGAUUUGUUGGGCAGGAUGUAUUCCGAGGAACGAAACGCUCGUUGCUAUCAUCAGAUCAACGCGUACUGCAAGGUUCUUGGCCUCUACAACCCUUCGCUGCGAAUUCUCGAGGUUGGUGGCGGUACAGCUUCAGCCACACUGCCUUUGCUGCAAGCACUGUCUCAUCAAGGUCAGCCGUUAGUGGCACAGUACGACUUUACGGAUCUGUCGACAGCCUUCUUCCCAGCCGCUCGCGAGCGUUUGGCUCAGUAUGGCCACAUCGUCAAUUAUGAGGCAUUUGAUCUUGCAAAUCCUCCCGAUCUCCAAGGGCUCGAACCUGGUAGCUACGAUGUUGUCAUCGCCUGUAAUGUCGUACACGCUACCCCCAAUAUCGCCUCUUCUCUGGAGCAUAUCCGUCAGCUCCUUCGUCCCGGCGGAACGCUAAUCCUUAUGGAGAUCACCAAGCCAGAGCAUUAUUACCAACUUGUCUUUGGCUCUCUUUCCGGGUGGUGGUCUGGUGUCGAGGAAGGACGAGUUUCGUCGGCUAUUCUCUCGGAAGGUGACUGGAAACAGACACUAGAGAAACAGGGCUUCCAAUCAGAUCCAGUCGUCGUGUCCGAUUACGCCGAUUCUGAAGGAGGAACAAUCAGCGUCAUUUUUGCUAAGACUCACGAUGAAUCUCAACGGGAUUUGAGCGAGAUAUCCCUUCACUUUGCGAGCAGCGUGCCUGCCAAACCGUCAGGCGGUAGUCUCGGCAAUGUCGCUGGACAAAUCAGCCAGAGCUCCGGACUCGGCGUGCGCCAGAUCACGACCGGGCGUCUUGAAAAUAUCCCAGACAUUGCUAAUUCAGUGCUGGUGGUUGAUCCAGAGACGUGCGAAGCGCUCUCGGGCGGGAUGAAUGCUUCGCUGUUCGAGGAGUUCAAGAAAUGCGCCCUCUCAUGCAAAGCUCUGCUCUUGAUCACGCGUGGCGCUACCGGCAAUACGCCUGUGCCUGACGGAGCACUAACCUUAGGCUUUGCUCGGUCCUUAAGGCUGGAGCAACCCGGCGCUCGUUACAUCACACUCGAUCUAGAUCCAAGCAUUCGUCUCGGUGCCGAUGAUGAGCGAUUGAGUCACUUGAUUACCCAGCUUCUGACCUCUGACACUUUCGACUUCGACCGCACCAUUGCUGAUGCCGAUUACGAGUUCGCAGAACGCAAUGGACAGCUGUACGUCAAUCGACUGUUUCACAACGAGAAACUCGAACAGAGUAUUGUACGCUCCACGGCAAGAGCCAGGCCCCAUCAGACGCCAUUCUUGAACCGCUCACGACCGCUCAAGGUUGAGCUCGGCGUAGCUGGACUGCUCGAAACCUUCCGAUGGGUUGACGACCAAGAAUACGCGCACAGUCUGGCGCCGGAUGAGAUUCGUAUCGAGUGUCGCGCGGCCAGCAUCAAUUUCCGCGACGUUCUCAUUGCCACCGGCGAGCUCGGCGGCUCUGCAACCAUGAUGAACGAUUGUGCCGGCACAGUGGUGGAGGUUGGCAGCGACAUGACAUCGCGCUAUGCAGUUGGCGAUCGAGUUUGCAGCUACUUUGCUCAGUCGUACAACAAUUAUCCUAUUGUUGGCGGAGACUAUUGUGCUCGGAUCCCGGACAAUGUCUCUUUCGCGCUUGGCGCCUCUCUUCCCAUUGUGUGGGCAACCACAUACCACUCGCUCAUCAAUGUGGCCAAGCUCAAAGCCGGAGAAUCUAUAUUGAUCCAUGCCGCUGCCGGAGCAGUCGGUCAGGCUGCUGUCAUCCUGGCCCAACAUCUGGGCGCUGUGGUUUAUGCCACUUGUGGAUCGCAGGAGAAACGCACGUAUCUUGAGAGUAUUGGCGUCCCUCAGAGUCACAUCUUCAGCAGCCGAUCUACCACGUUCGGACCUGCGCUUCGCGCCGCGACCAAGAACAAAGGCGUCAAUGUCAUUUUGAAUUCACUGGCUGGUGAAUUGUUCCGAGAGUCUCUGAACUGUCUUGCGUCCUUUGGUCGCUUCAUCGAGAUUGGCAAAAAGGAUUUCCUGGACAACGCGCUGAUGCCGACGAAGUUCCUGCUUCGCAACAUCACUUUCGCCUGCGUCGAUUUGGUGCAGAUGUUGAACGAAGACAAACCAUUUGUGCACCGUUUGCUCAACGACGUGGUUGAACUGAUUGCUAGCGAGAAAUUGAAGCAUCAAGUGACUCUCCAGCCGUACAAGCUUGGCGAGAUUGAGGCUGCCUUCCGCCUCAUCUCGGCCGGCAAGCACAUGGGAAAAGUGAUCCUGACGGUGGAUCCAGGCGAAAUGGUCCAGGCACUUCCAGAAAGCCCCGUUCUUCCAAAGCUUUUGCCCGAGGCCACCUACGUCUUGGCCGGUGGUUUCGGUGGCUUAGGCAUUCGUCUUAUCCGAUGGCUCGGUACGAGAGGCGCGCGGACUAUUGUCACGCUGUCGCGCUCGGGAGACAAAUCACCGGCUGCGAAGGCCUGUAUUAAGGAAAUGCACAGUUUAGGCAUAAGAGUUCUUGCCAAGAGUUGUGACAUUGCUUCCGAAGAGGCCGUGGGAGCUGUUGUAAGAGACCUACAGGCCAUUGACGGCGUAGGCCCGAUUCGAGGUGUCAUUAAUGCGGCAAUGGCGCUCGAGGACUCAUUGUUUGAUCAGAUGACACAUCAGCAAUGGGAGGGAGCCUUGGCCCCUAAGGUUGCUGGUACGCGAAACCUGCACGAGAUCCUGCCAUCUGACAUGGACUUCUUUGUUGUCUUAUCUUCGAUUGCCGGCAUCAGCGGCCACACGGCUCAAGCCAAUUAUACUGCUGCCUGUACUUUCCAGGACGCCUUCAUGCACUACCGACGAAACCAGGGUCAGUCCGGGUUUGCGAUUGAUGUUGGAGUUGUUGGCGACGCUGGCUUUGUCAGUGAGGCUCCGACUGUAUUCUCCACUAUGCAGCGCCAAGGCUUCUCACCCAUCUCGGUUGUCGAGCUUCUUGCAGCGCUCGAUCAUGUGCUGACUGGCAGCGGAUCCGAGUGUCAAGUCACUGUUGGCUUAAUCCCUGAAACUGGCGUGAACAUGGCUGACUGGUUGGGCCAACGGCGCAUCGCACAUCUGGUCCAAGACUCUGAUCUUGGAGGUGGAGGUUUAGCCGACGGUAGUGGCAACGGCGCAGAGCACUUUGACCAGAUUAAACAUGCUAAGACUGCAGAAGAAGCAGUCGAAGCCGUCAGACACGCACUGCUGGGCGAGUUGAGCAAACUAACAGUCACUCCAGUGGACCGCAUCCUGCCUCACCGUACGCUCGACUCGUACGGCGUUGAUUCGUUGGUGGCGGUCGAACUGCGCAAUUGGAUCGUAGUGAUGCUCGCCGCUGAUGUUUCUCUUCUCCUGAUUCGCGAGUCUAGGAGUAUUGAGGAGCUUAUCCGCUUGAUUGCGGGUAAGUCGAAAUUGGUCCCAGCUAAGCUCCAGGAAGCUGUGUCGAAACUGGUUUAG